AUGGCGUUAGAAGCCACGAAUAAAGCAGAGAUCAUCAAAGAAUAUCAACUCGAAGAGGGUGACACAGGGUCGCCGGAAGUACAGGUUGCCAAGCAAGCUACCGGCUCGGUAGUUGUGACCAUCGGCGAUACAGUUGUGUUAACAACUGUUGUUGGCGCUAAAAGCGCACGCCCUGGUCAGGACUUUUUCCCGCUGACGGUUAACUAUCAGGAAAAAACCUACGCUGCCGGCAAAAUUCCCGGCGGUUUCUUCCGUCGUGAAGGACGUCCUAGCGAAAAAGAAACCCUGACCUGUCGAUUGAUCGACCGUCCUAUUCGGCCAUUGUUUCCGAAGGGCUUUAUGAACGAAGUACAGGUUGUCUGUACGGUUAUGUCUACGGACAAGGAUCAGGAUCCGGAUAUAGCCGCCAUGAUCGGCACGUCUGCCGCGCUGGGUAUUUCUGGCAUUCCGUUUGCUGGUCCUAUUGGUGCAGCACGCGUUGGUUACGUGGAUGGCAACUAUGUGUUGAAUCCCGGUUAUGAAGCGUUAAAAGAAUCCAUGUUAACCAUGACGGUUGCUGGCACAGAAUCAGCAGUAUUGAUGGUUGAGUCUGAAGCGCAAGAGCUCAGUGAAGAUGAAAUGUUGGGCGCCGUACUGUUUGGUCAUCAGGAAAUGCAGGUGAUUAUUUCUGCGGUCAACGAACUGGUUGCUGAAGCGGGCAAACCUAAAUGGGAUUGGCAGCCUGAACCUUCAAACGAAGACUUGCUGACCAAGGUAAGCGAUGUUGCCAAAGCAGGUCUGGGUGAAGCCUAUCGUAUUGUUGAUAAGAUGGACCGCCAGGUCGCGGUUAAAGAACUGCGUAGCAAAGUUGUUGAGCAACUUGCAGGCGAAGGUUCUGACCUUGAUGCAGACGAUAUUGCGGAGAUGUUCUACAAAGUUGAAAAGAACCUUGUGCGUCAGCGCGUCAUCAACGGUGAGCCACGUAUUGACGGUCGCGAUCUGCGCACCGUACGACCUAUUUCUGUCGAGGUAGGUGUUUUACCUAAAGCGCACGGUUCGGCUCUGUUCACCCGGGGUGAAACCCAGGCUAUCGUAGUGGCAACGUUAGGUACCCUGCGUGAUGCUGCGAUUGUUGAUGCGCUUGAAGGCACAUUCAAAGAUCAGUUCAUGUUGCACUACAACUUCCCGCCCUACAGCGUGGGCGAAGCAGGCUUCAUGAGUGGCCCGAAACGUCGGGAAAUUGGUCACGGCCGUCUGGCUCGACGCGGCGUAGCUUCUUCACUGCCAGACACAGAAGGAUUUCCGUAUACCAUCCGCGUUGUGUCAGAGAUUACUGAAUCUAACGGUUCAAGCUCUAUGGCCAGUGUCUGUGGUACCUCUCUUGCGUUGAUGGAUGCGGGUGUGCCGGUGAAAAUGCCGGUUGCUGGUGUCGCCAUGGGUCUGGUGAAGGAAGGCAAUAAAUAUGCUGUGCUCACCGAUAUCCUGGGUGACGAAGACCACCUGGGUGACAUGGACUUUAAAGUUGCAGGUUCUCAGAAGGGUGUCACUGCGCUGCAGAUGGACAUCAAGAUCGACGGUAUUACCGAAGAGAUUAUGGAAGCUGCGCUGCAACAGGCACAUGAAGCCCGUCUGCACAUUCUUGGCGAAAUGAACAAGGUGAUCAGUGAGCCUCGUGCAGAGCUGUCCGAUAACGCACCUGCUAUGACUACAGUUAAAGUCCAUCCGGACAAGAUCCGUGACGUGAUUGGUAAAGGCGGCGCUACUAUUCGCGGUAUCGUGGAAGAAACCGGUGCUGAAGUAGACAUUGAUGACGACGGCACGGUGCGUAUCUACGCUGAUACGGCUGAAGCUAAAAAUGCAGCGGUUGCCCGCGUGCAGGAAAUUGUUGCUGAAGCUGAAGUUGGUCGAAUCUAUCACGGUAAGGUGGAGCGUAUUGUCGACUUCGGUGCCUUCGUGAAUAUUCUGCCUGGCAAAGAUGGUUUGCUGCACAUCUCACAGAUUGCAGAUGAGCGCGUUGAGAAUGUCACCGACUACUUAAAAGAAGGUGAAGAAGUUGACGUGGUUGUACUUGAUGUUGACCAGCGCGGUCGUAUCAAACUGUCCAUCAAAGAACUGUCGAAGUAUCAGGAUGAAGGAUCUGCAGAUGCAGAAGCGGCUGAAGGCUGA